AUGCUGUCACCGUGUCCAGAUAUCUCAGGCGAUCCUCAGGGUAAUUUCGUCAUCGUCGAGCUAUGCGACGAAAUCAGUAUCGACACGAUCGUCCUCGCGAACUACGAAUUCUUUUCUCGGAUGUUCAAACGCUUCAGGGUCAGCGCUUCUCAGACCCUCAAGAGCGGGAGCAGUAGCGACUCUGAGAAUUGGUAUCAGCUAGGGAUCUUCAGAGCAAGGAAUCUCAGAGGCGUUCAAGUCUUCAACACGUCGCUGCCCCAAACCUUCGCGGCCCCUUCUAGAUUCUUCCGUUAUCUGCGCAUUGACUUUCUCGAGUACUAUGGCAACGAGCAUUAUUGCCCCCUGAGUCUUUUGAGGGUGUAUGGUCUGACACAAAUGGACGACUACCGGAGAGAGGAGGAAGAGGAACGCAGA